AUGCUGUGUCGAAAGAGAAAAGCGAAUUUCACAAAACAAGAGCUGGAAGUGUUAGUAGCAAAUGUUCAAGCUCGUAAAGACGUUCUCUUUACUAAACGCAAUACCCCCGUGUCCAAUCAGGCCAAACAGCACGCAUGGGAAUGUAUUGCUCGAAAAGUAAACUCCGUGGAGACGGUUGGCGGAGAACACCGGACAGUCAACGAUGUCCGUCGAAAAUGGGUCUGUUUACUGAGCGAAACCAAAAAGGCAGAAAUGCAACGUCGACGUCGGAUGGCAGCGGCGGGAACCGGGUCCACAGUGUCGUCUUCUGUUAGUGGAAUCUCUUCUUCAUCCGGGCUUGGUGGAUCUGGUGAGUACACGCCUUUACUGGCUGAAAACAUCUUGAAUAUCUGCAAGAGCAUGGAAAACGGAGGGAGAGAAAGCGCGUCUUCAGUUGGACGGCCAUCGACUCGCCUGAGUGUCGAAGAUGCUAAUGAUUUAUCGAUGUCAUCGUCUUCGGCGACCACGGGCGGUGGCUUCGUUUCAGAAGUGAAUCUAAUCGGACAUAGUCUAACAAAUAAUAGCAGUACUAAUAACAGCAGCAAUAAUAAUAAUAACAAUGGGGAUAAUGGUGCUAGUUACUUGCAGGUGACGUCAGUCUAUUCUCAAAAUGAACAUAUUGACGGUGUGGAGGUUCACUUGAACGACUCUCCUUUAGGUGAUGUUCAUUCACCAACAAUGAGUAACAAAGGGUCCAAUAUUAUUGCCAGUAUUAAAUCUCUAAGCCGACAAACUGCGAACAUUCGGAAUAAUUCCAGUGGAGUCGGCAAUAACAGAGUUGCUACCGAUGUGACUGCCAAUUCACUUUAUCCGAUAUCAAAUAUCAAUAACAGAGAUGUCAUGCCGCAUUUAUCCAAUAUGAACUCAGAUAUUGGCAUUGUUCACAUUACCCCAAAUAUCAAUUCCAAUGUGUAUGCGGACAGUACUGUUUAUUUAAAUGAGGCUGGAGGCUCCAAUAUGAACCUCCCAGGUGCUACCGUAAUGUCAUUACGUAAGAGGAGACACAGUCAGCAAGGGGCAACUAAUGACCAGGGUCGAAACCACACCGAAACGGAGGGAUUACUCUCAGAUGAUGCGGAGGGAGAUAUGGCAGAUGAUGAUACAGCCGCUGAAAUGGACCCAAAUGUCCCAUCCAUAGAACAAAUUGAAUGGAACAUUGGUCCCCCCUACACGAACACUACGUAUAUUAACAGUUCUGGAAGUGAACCAGAAAGAAAAGCAACGCCGGAUCAUCAACCUUAUCACGUGACCAUAUCUGGAGCUGAAUCGGACAUUGAAUCGGAAGUUCGACCUCGAAGAAGGAAGUUUUACAAAACAGAAGAAGAUUACACAGAAAAGCUUUAUUGGGUUGAGAAAAAACGUUUAAAAAUCGAAGAGAGACGUUUAGCCAUCGAAGAAGAAAGACUAGCAAUCGAGAGAGAAAGACUGGAAUUAGAGAAAGAAAAAGUGAAGGCAAACCAACAGAACAUUACGGAGACGUUACCAUCGUCAGCGAGACCCGGGACUGGAAGGACUCUUUCUUCACCCGUGGUUUGCAAGGUGGUUGAGUCUCCAACAGACGAAGAUAAUGAUGAGGAACAACAAUCGUCUGCCACAGUACCACCAGUGGUUCCCAAGCUUUCUCUCUCUCUCUCUCUCUCUCUCUCUCUCUCUCUCUCUCUCUCUCUCUCUCUCUGGCGUGUUCUUUUAUUAUCCUCUCUCCCCGCCCUCUCUCUCUCUCUCUCUCUCUCUCUCUCUCUCUCUCUCUCUCUCUCAUUUUUCACCUAUGAAACAGGAAUAGCUUCCUGUACAUUUAAAUCUAUCUAUCUAUCUAUCUAUCUAUCUAUCUAUCUAUCUAUCUAUCUAUCUGAUCUCUUCAUAUCUAUCUAUCUAUCUAUCUAUCUAUCUAUCUAUCCUUUUAAUGAACAUAAUGAAUAUAGUAUUAAUCCUCUUUUCGCCAGAACAUAUUAG